UGCAGACAGCUGUGAGCCAACAUGUGGGAAGCAAACAUGGCCUCUGCAGGAGCAGCCAGUGCUAACUUUUGAGCCAUCUCUUCACCCUCUAUGUAAUUUUUUUUAAUUAUUUUUUUUUAUGUGUCUGUGUGUAUGGGUACCUGAGUGUGGGUGCUUGCAGAGGCCAGAAAAGGGCAUCAAAUUCCCUGGAUUUAGAGUUGUAUGCUGUUUGAGCCUCCUGAUAUGGAUGCUGGGAAUUGAACUCAGGUCCUCUAGAAGAGCAGCAAAUGCUCCUAGCCACCAGAACCAGCUCUCCCGCCAGUCCUCCUUGUCAUUUUUAAACUUUGGAGAAUUGAGCACAGGAGGAUGGGCCGCACUAAGCUGAAAACGUUUGCUUGGGGCACCUUUUGCUUCCUAAACGGUUGUGCUCGAGAAUGCGCUUGGUGCUGGGAAUCAUGCCCAGGGCCUUACACAAAACCAGAUAGGUGCUGUACCCCAGUGAAGUUGGCUCCAAACCCCAUUCUGUAGAUGCCUGAACCCAUCCACUCUCCAUACAGGAGCACUCAUUCCUCUGACUUUCUGGCUGUCGGCCAGCUGAAGAGGUGUCGCUCAGAGUGAGAAAGAAGGGAAACAAACGUUCCAGAUCUGCCGCUCUUCGGGGAGUUUGCCGCUGGAGAGGAUGUGCCUCUUAAGGCCGAAGGGGUCUAGAAUCUGGACAGUCUGACGUUGCUAUCGUGGUGUUUAUUUUUCUUGUUUGAAGCGGCCUCUUCCUGGAGGCCUAGGGAGGGAAGUGCGUUCAAGUGUGUAGUAUGACUACCAUCUGCCUCCCCUAGCGGGGGAAGAAGAUAAAGAUCCUAGCGGGGGGGGCGGGGAGCUCUAGAAGGGUUCCCCCCAAAUGGGGGGCUGUUCGUUUGUGCAGUUCUACCUAAGGGAAUUACAAAUGGGCAGAGGACAGCUCUGCCUAACUGCUCUCAGGUAAAGGUGAGGUGGUGCAAGGUUUGGGCCCUCAGGGGUUGGCUGCGGUCCACCUUCCAGUCUGUAGUUGGGGAUGACCAGUAGGUGAGAGGUGAGGGAACCAGAACUGAAGGUGAAAGUUAGUGGGGCGGAGCUCCAGACCUGUCAGGUAGAGCUAGGUUAGAUGGCUAUCUGGAACCCCUUUUCGAGGGGUUUAGAGACCAGCGGCACUGGAACAGCUCUAGUGUUGUGCUGUAAGGCCCCUGAACUCAGUUGCCGAACUUGAUGCCCGGGAGCCCCCAAACCGCUCCCGCCAGGCAGGGGAGGGACGCCAUCAGUUCCAUGGUUCCACUGUCGGUGGCCCCACGGCUGCACCAAUCACUGCCCAGCCCGGGAAUAGGGGCGUGGACAAGCCGGGGAAAGUUACAACAGGCUGGAAAGACCAGGCCGUGGAGCCCCCGGCACAGCCCGGCGGAAAAGCCAGAUCCCGACUCCGCCCGGGCGCUUUGAGGUCCCUGGACAUCUGACACAGAGAUCAAAGACACAGACUGAAACCCAGCUGACCGGUCAGGCCAUGGCAUCCUGGGGGCUCCUUGCUGCUGGCGCCUCCUUCCUGGCAUUUCGGGGGCUACACCAGGGGCUGCGGCUCCUGCCUACCCCGGAAUCUACUCGGGACCGCUGGAUGUGGCGGAAUAUUUUCGUUUCGCUGAUUCACAGCUUACUCUCUGGAGCAGGGGCGGUGGUCGGGCUGUGGCUGUAUCCUCAGAUGGUCACCGACCAGAUUCAUGGACACCCAUUCUGGCCACAGGUCCUAGUAGCGGUGUCAGUGGGUUAUUUCCUGGCAGAUGGAGUUGACAUGCUCCGGAAUCAGACGUUGGCCCAAGCCUGGGACCUUCUCUGUCACCAUUUGGUGGUGGUGAGCUGCUUCAGCACCGUGGUUCUGUCUGGCCGCUUCGUGGGCAUCGCUUUGGUAUCACUGCUUCUGGAGUUGAACUCCGUCUGUUUGCAUCUCCGGAAGCUGCUGCUGCUCUCCCAUAAGGCUUCAUCCUUGGCCUUCAGAGUAAUCAGCUGGGCCUCCCUGACCACCCUGGCCCUCUUCCGCCUCCUACCUCUGGGAUGGAUGAGUCUCUGGUUGUUUCGGCAGUGCUCCCUGCUGUCUUGUGCUAAGGUCAUCCUUUACGGAACUGCGCUGGUCACCGUGGGUCGCAUGAGCAUCUCCCUGGGUACCCACAUUCUGAUCAGGGAUGUCUUACAGGCCCAACCCUACCCAUUUGUCCUUGUGCACAAGACUCAGCAGACCAAGACCGGUGAGCCUGUCUCCAGGAACAAUUCUACUCGCAGUCUGAAAGACUAGAGAUGGAAGAGGUCUCCUCUUCUGUCAGUCCUGGGGGAGGUGGGCUGAGAAGAGGAGAUGCUAGCUUUUACUGCAUAGUCGGCUAUGUAGUGAGGGCUGCGCUGUAUCAAGCAUUUUAGGACAUUCUCCAGCUAACUCGCAUCUCUCCCCUUCCCAAGAUCUAAGAAAUGUGGAUGUUAGUGGCUUCUUGAGAAACUAGGUUACUGCUCACUGAAUUCCUUUGCUCCAGAAUAAGGGCAGACAAUGGGAGAGGAGGUCCUUCUAGAAUCAGAGAUACCUGGCAUGGAGGGGGCAGGGCCAGCGGCAGAGAGACCUCUCUUACGAUCAAAUUCUGGCAGUAAGAUAAGAGCACAAGAAACUAUCUGUUGCCAGUAGGGAUGGGCAUGGCAGUUGCCAGUGACAGACAGAAAGCAGGCCACUGCAGUUGCUGCUGAUACUUCUGGUCAUGUAAGUGAAACUGUACUCAACUCUACUCUGCCGCAUGCAGGCUUUUGUUAGUUUGGUUGGCUUUCGCUUUUUCGAGACAGGGUUUCUCUGUGUAGCCUUAGCUAUCCUCAACUUGCUUUCUAGACUGGCCUCAAACUCACAAAGACCUGCCUGCCUCUGCCUCCUCAGUGCUGGGAUUACAGGUGUGCUCCCCUGCUCCCAGGUGAAUACAAGCCUUUCUAAUUCAUGUGUAUCUUCUGACCUUUUUAGAGAAAUGUAAACUUGGGUUGGGGAGAUGGCUCAGAAAUUGAGAGCACUGGCUGUUCUUCAAAAAGACCUGAGUUCAAUUCCCAGCACCCACACAGUGGCUCACAACCACCACAGAAGGAACGAAGGUACCCACUGUGAUCACCCAGUGCAAAGCUUCUCAUGGCAGAGGUACAGCAGGGGAGAGGGGCCUCCCUAUUCCCUGCAGAGGGGCAGGACAUCUGACUAACUCUCUCUGGAGUCUUUUGAAGGCUCUCUCCUCCCUGUCUCUGUAGCAAGUUCCUAUUGUAGGUCUUGUCCCUUUCUAGUUCAAAUGCCCAGGUUAUAGAACUGCAGAGCAGAUUAAAGUCACUGUUGUACUGAAUGUCAGGGCAGAGAGUGAAAACUCUCAAACAUCCAUAGAAAAGAUGCAGGAGCUAAAACAAGAGACAGGAAGGGCUUUUAAAAAUUGCUGCUAAAGGGUCUGGAGAGAUGGCUCAGUGAUUAAGAGCACUGUCUGUCCUUCCAAAGGACCUGUGUUCAAUUCCCAGCACCCACAAGGCAGCUCACAACUGUUGGUAACUGUUGGUAACACCAGUUCCAGGUGGUCUGACACCCUCACACCAAUGCACAUAAAAUAAGAUAUUUUUAAAAAACACUGCUAAAGCCUGGCAUGGUGGCCCUUAAUCUCAACACUCAAGGAGGCAGAGGCAGACAGAUUGCUGAGUUUGCGGCCAGACUGGUCUACAAAGCGAGUCCGGGACAGCUAAGACUAUACACAGAAACCCUAUCUUGAAAAAAACAAACAAACAAAAAAGUGCUGCUAAACUGGACAGUUGUGGCACACACAUUUAAUCCUAGCACUCAGGAGGCAGAGGCAGGUGGAUCUCUGGGUUUGAGGCCAUCCUGGUCUACAGAGUGAGUUCCAGGACAGCCAGGGCUACACAGAGAAACCCCAUCUUGAAACAAAAAAGAAAGAAAGGAAGGAAGGAAGGAAGGAAGAAAGAAAGAAAGGAAGAAAGGAAAAUAAAAGAAAACCUAAAACCGCUGCUAAGAAAUGAAGGGAGAGAAAGAGAGAGGAUGAGGAAGAUAAGUGUGCACAGACAGAGGCUUGGGAAGAAGAGAGAAAGAUUAAACUCAUAGAGAAGCUAGGCAAAGAGAUCUUAAGGGUAAGGAAGAGCAAAGAUUCAGCAGACAUAUUGAGAAAAGUUGUUACAGGGCUGAGAGGAAAUCAAAUCAUAGCUUUGAUAAAAUGAUAAAAAAGAAGGCAAGAAAGUGAGACAGAAAGGGACCCCAAGAAAGGAACAGCUAGUCUACACAUCAAAAUAUUAAAAGCAGACUCAGGAGAGACAGAGGUGAUAGUGGCAAAUGGAGAGGGUAGCAGGGUAAGAGGAGAGGUGGAAAUGGAGAAGGCAGGGAUUAGAGAGGGGCCUAAGAAGCAGGGUCAGAGGCAGGAGAGGCGGGCAAUAGGAAGGUUUGCUAUGUAGAAACAGGAGGCGUGUUGAACUGGAGACGGGCAGAGAGACAAAGCACAGGCAGCCGCAGUGAGACACAGGGACAGGCUGAGUGAGGAAGAGGCUGGUGGGUAGAGGAGGUCAGAGAUGUGCAGUGAGACAGAGAGAUAAACCAGGGUGGAGUCACCGGGCAGGGCGGGGGUGGGGCGGAGGCCAAAGAAUUAGGUAACAUCCAAAAGAAGCAAAACCAAGAAGGAGCAAAGGGAUAGAGAGAGAGAGAGAAAGAAAAAGAACGAGAAGCAGAGAGAGAGAACUUUGCAUGAGAUCUCCAUUAUAGUCAGAAAAAGAGGAGCAAGGCAGGUAAUAACAAGGAAAGAUUGGAGAUUGGCAAGGUGGCACAUGUUGAUAGCAUUUGGGAAUGAUGAGCAGAAGGAUCAGGAAUUCAAAGCCAGCCUGGGCUACAUGAGACCCUGUCUCAACAAACAAACAAACCAAAAAAAGAAAAA